UAUUUUAAGUUCAAAUUAUUCAAUUUUUUUUUCUAUUUGUAGCUUCGCGGAAUGAUCAUUCCUACGAUUCUCUACCAGCACUGAACACCAGUGAAUGGGAUCAGGAAUGUAAGUCUUACAGCUAACAGUUGCCAAAACUUUAUUUGACAUCGAUUUUCAUUUACAUUUACAGCCGAUGUCCCGAUAGAUUUAUCAAAACCACCUGCAUCAGCUAGUGCGAUUGUAUUUGUGUCUCAACCGUCUCCAUCAUUAAGCCCAACAACUGCCAUCCGAAAUGCUCUCCGCACCAUGCGACCACCUAUUAUCGAACAACCGGUAGCAAAAAGAAUGGUUUUAGAUAGGCAAUUUGGUCAGCUAUUAACAGGCGAGCAAGUUUAUAAACAAAUGAAGGAGAAAGAAGAACUUAAAAGCGCCAAAGCAAAAUCAACGAAAGUAAUAUCAACCCCAGUAUCGUCAACGCCAAAACGUUCUGUUAAUAGAAGAAGAAAGACAAAGACACAAGUAUCCGUUGCUGAUGAUCUAAUGACAGUUACGGAUACUCCAUUAACAUUUACUGCCGCUGAAAGUCUAAUUACAUCAGCCACAGCCACAUCAACUUCUUCCACACUUACUGCAGUAAUAACUACUGACCCUAUUACAACGACGUACACGUCAUUAGUAAACAUACGACAACCAUCACACAAUGAAAUACAAUUCUCGUUUGCCUCAUCUGAUGCAUGGAAUAACGUACCAGGGCAUUCCAAUUUUCCUCGUACAACAACGCAAGCUAGUAUACUUCAUCCUUAUCCGCCAGCAGCGACCGUUACUACUUAUUCACAAUGCACCGCUCAACCUUAUUCAGCCACUGUUGAUCCUUAUCCAUUAAGAGAUAUGUCCUUAAAUAAUCAAUUAUCAGUUCCUGUCCCUCAUUGUUUCAAAUGCCAUUACCAAUCCAGUAAUCUUAUACCUUGUAGAUCAUGUACUAGAUAUGUUUGUUCUAAUUGUAUAGGAAACGACUCUUCACAACUUUAUUCAUGCAUAUUUUGUACGAUUAAAACGUCAAACAUGUUUUUGUACGAUUCUGAAUGAACUAUUCUUGAAAUCAUCUUAUUAUUUAAAUAUGUUUUACAUUGUAUAUGACGCUGACAUUAUUUUUCGACAAACUACUUGAUUGAAUUU